AUGCAGAAACGAAUUUAUGUAUCAUUAUUUUUUUUGGUAUUCUUUUUAUCAAAAAUUUCCGUUGUUCUUUCCAAAGAUGAUGGCCAACGUCACGGAGAGGAUUCUGAUAGUAUGAAUAAAUAUAAUUAUAUUUAUAGACCUAAUGCAGACAACGGAAUUCACAACAAUUUAAGACCCUCAUCAUAUAUUGAUAUGGAACAUAUAGCUAAAGGAAGAGAUAAUACGUCAGGUUUGAGAGAAAACGAACUAUUUGAUAUACAAAAUGAUGAAAAUUCUAAUAUGGGUCCAGAUCAGGAAAAAGUUAUUACACUAUCAGAUAAAAUUUAUAUUGAUAAAAUAAAAAAUAUUAUUGAAUACAGAAAAUGGAGAGCAAAAUCUAAAUAUAGGUCCCCUGCUAAACAACCUGAGGAAGAUAUGUUUGUAGAAGGAUAUAUACCCAUAAAGAGAAGAGAUGAUAAUUUAUUACCUCAUGAAAAAGCUGAAAAAGAUUUUGAAGAGAUAAUACAAAAAUAUGUAGAUCUAGAAAACAAAUUACAAAAACAAAAAGAGUUAGAAGAAGCAGAAAGAAGGAAAAAAAAAUUAGAUGAUGAACAAAAGAGACAAAAAGAUUUGGAGGACACAAAUAGAAAAGAAAAUGAUGAGGAACAAUCAUACAAAAAACUAGAAGAUUUAGAAUUAGAGAAUAUCGAUACGAAAAUAAAUAAUAAUGAUACGUAUGAUGUAGAAAAUGGAUUUAAUGAUGACAACAAAUUAUACACUAAAAUUAAUAAAAUAGUUUCUCAGGUUUCCCAAAACAAUGAAUUAUAUGUCAAUAUUAUGAAAUAUAUAACUCUUGUGUACACUUCUCAUGUUGAUAUAAAACAAGAUGAUUUUACUAAUGGAUCCAUAUCAAUUUUUUUAACAUUUGAAAAUCCUAAAAUGGGAAAUGACCUUGCUAAUAUAAAUAUAUCAUUUUUUGCCAGUGAACAAAGAACGGGUACAAAUGAAGUUGCAGAAGCAAGAUCAAAUUAUUUAACUAAUUAUAACAUGAAUGAAUUAUUAGAAGAUAAUGCAUCUGGAAGACUUUUAUCUCAAGAUGAGUAUAUAAAAGAGUUGGUUAAAUAUAAUCAUUCGAUUAGUUCAUCUAAUAAAGAAAAUUUAAAAAAUGAAAAUUAUGAUGUUAAUAUGAAUAUUUCUAAAAUUUUACAAUACAUUAUAGAUAAUGAUAUUAAUCUUGUGGAUAAUUUUAUAACAUUCAAUAGAACUAAUGAACAAGAAGUAACAAUAUCAAAAUUAGACGAUUUUCUCCAUGAAUGCUCAAAGGUAAAACCUGAAGAUAUAAAAAAGGACGAAAUUCAAAAAAUUAUAAAGACUAUAAACAAAAAAGAACAAAUUAUUAAAGAAGUAAAAAAUUCUUUGAUUAAAAAAGAUAUCGAAAAAUGUAAAUUAUAUACAACAAUUCUUAUGUUUGGUUCUUCCAUAUAUUCUAGUAUAAAAUAUUUCUUUUUAUUAAUGUUAUUUGUUAUAUACAUAUUGUAA